UUUUUGUAUUUCUAGUAUGCGUUGUGUUCGUGUGCUCUUGUCCUCUUGAUUUCAAUUCUUAAGUUGUGCACAGUUUCAUUUUUCUUCGUUGCUGAAGCAAAAUGACUACCAGUAAGAAGAAGACCAGGAAAUUGCGUGGACAUGUCAGUCAUGGACAUGGUCGUGUAGGUAAACACAGGAAACAUCCUGGAGGUCGAGGUAAUGCUGGUGGUAUGCAUCACCACAGAAUAAAUUUUGAUAAAUACCAUCCUGGUUAUUUUGGAAAGUUGGGUAUGCGUAAUUACCAUUUGAGAAGAAAUUCAAAAUGGUGUCCAACUAUUAAUCUUGAACAGCUAUACACACUCAUCCCUGAAGAGACUAGACAGAAAUAUGAAAAUGACAAAGAAAAGGCAGUUGUCAUUGAUGUUGUUCGAAAGGGUUAUUACAAAGUUUUGGGAAAAGGUAAUCUUCCCAAACAGCCACUUAUUGUAAAGGCUAAAUUCUUUUCCAAGGUUGCUGAGCAAAAAAUUAAGAAAGUUGGUGGUGCCUGUGUACUUCAAGCUUGAUUUACUUUAUAUGUAUAAUUUACUAUACUUAUAUUUAAAGUAAAAUAAAAACUGUUUUUUAAACAAU